AUGAAAAGCCUGGAUCUGCUCCUGCUGGCAGGUUGUUUAUGCAACCUGAGCACAUUGGGAGGUGCCUCUGACAUGGAGCAGGUUCUGAUGAAGAAGGUCUUCACCAACUACAACCUUAAGGUCCGGCCAGCACCCAGCCCUGAUGCGAGGGUGGUGGUCCGUGUGGGUAUGAGCCUCUCCUCCUUCGUAGGACUGAAUAUGAAAAAUGAAGAAAUGAGCACAGUUGUUGUUAUGAAUCUGGAAUGGACAGAUCAUCGGUUGUCAUGGAAACCCAAGGAGCAUGAUGGGAUUGAGGUGUUACGUAUCCCCGCUGGGAGGGUUUGGCUGCCUGACAUUGUCCUCAUCAAUAAUAAUGAUGGGGUGUUUGAUGUGGCCUUGCAUGUCCAUGUUCAGGCUUAUAGUAACGGCAGAGUAACCUGGACUCCACCUGCACUAUACUGCAGCUCCUGUGGAGUUAAGGUAACAUAUUUCCCAUUUGACUGGCAGAACUGCACUAUGCAAUUCCGCUCUUACACGUAUGACUCAACUGAGAUUGACCUGCAGUAUGCCCUGGACUCAAAAGGCAAUGAGAUACGGGAGAUCCAACUGGACGAGGCCUUCAGCGAGGGUGGCGAGUGGCACAUCAGACACAAGCCAAGCAGGAAGAACGUGAAUGAUGAUAUGUAUGAGGACAUGAUCUUCUACCUGAUCAUUGAGAGGAAGCCUCUGUACUACGUCCUGAACAUCAUCCUCCCCUGUAUUCUCAUCACCAUCAUCGCCAUCUUCAACUUCUACCUCCCUCCUGAUGCAGGUGAGAAGAUGGGUCUUUCCAUAAAUGUGCUGCUGACCCUCACUGUGUUCCUGCUGCUGCUGGCUGAUAAGAUCCCUGAGACUUCACUGGGCGUCCCUAUCAUUGUCAACUACAUCAUGUUCACCAUGAUCCUGGUCACCUUCUCCGUUAUCCUCAGUGUGGUCGUCCUUAACUUGCAUCACCGCUCCCCCAAUACUCACCUGAUGCCCAUGUGGGUCCGUAAGAUCUUCAUCCACACGCUACCUCCUUACCUUGGCAUGCUGCGGCCAAAACUGGAGACCCCCCUGUCCCUAGAGUGCAUGCCCCGGCGAGAAAAAAAGCACGUCGUCAUCAGCAAAGCGGCUGAUGAAUACUUUAUCCGCAAACCAGACUCCUCCAUUUUGUUCCCCAAGCCUAACAGGUAUCAGCCAGAAGGCAUGUGUACGGACCUAAGAAAAUUUAUUGAGGGCCCCAGUAGCUACCUUUCGUUACCUGACGAGCUUAAGUCGGCCAUAGAAGCCAUUACAUAUAUUGCAGAGGCUCUGCAGGCUGAGAAGGACUAUGAAGCUCUGAAGGAGGACUGGCAGUACGUGGCUAUGGUGGUGGAUCGCAUGUUCCUCUGGAUCUUCGUCAUCUUCACCACUGUGGGAACCUUGGCCAUCUUUGCUGAUGCCAGCUUCAACCACACACCCAACGACCCCUUCAAGUCCACCUGA